UGCCUUAGCGCGCCGGAAAAUCUUGCAACCCCUCCACCUUUAUAUUGAGUUUUAUUCACAUUUGUGCUUGUGUAUGUGAAUUUAGUCAUAAAUGUGCAGUUGCAGGGUCAACACUGAAACAGAAAACCUAUGCAUAUGACCCGAUAAUGUUAAAUUAAGUGAGAAAAACAGGGAAAAUAGUAAUUUACUACACGCACGACCGCUCUGGCUCAAUAUAUACCGCGCGACAAAAAUUUUGAGGCACAUUCGUGAGCUUCCUGUUAGACCGUUCGGACGUCGUACUAGCAGCUCUCAUCACCAUGACUGGCCGCGGCAAGGGAGGCAAGGGUCUUGGAAAGGGAGGCGCCAAGCGUCACCGUAAGGUUCUGCGUGAUAACAUCCAGGGAAUCACCAAGCCUGCUAUCCGUCGUCUAGCUCGCCGAGGUGGCGUCAAGCGCAUCUCUGGUCUCAUCUACGAGGAGACUCGUGGGGUGCUCAAGGUGUUCCUUGAGAACGUUAUCAGGGAUGCUGUCACCUAUACCGAGCACGCCAAGCGUAAGACCGUUACUGCCAUGGACGUUGUCUACGCCCUCAAGCGUCAGGGCCGUACCCUGUACGGAUUUGGUGGUUAAAUCGCUCCAUUAUUGAGAUGGUGCCAGCUAUUCAGCUUGCAUUAUCAUCAUUGAAUAACAUCAUCU